UCGCCUGGGUUGAUGUCACCCACCCGGAUUCUGCGGAGUCAAAAAAGAGGGAGAGAAGGAGAGCGACAGACACAGACAUGCGUACAUUUAAUUGUACAACCGGUUGGAGCAGUUCCAUUACCGGGCACUGAUACACACUUCAAUUUUUCCUGGCUCUCUCUUUCUCUUUCUUUCUUUCUCUCUCUCGUCCUUUUUCCCAACGUUCGUAACGAGCGAGCGUAUCCGGCUCGCAUUGCGUUGCACGUCCACGGCAUACGUGGCGUUUACCACCGCGCGUUAGCGCGAACGUUUUCCCGAAUACGCGCACGUGGUAUGAGCGAGGCAGACACGGCGGCCGACGGCACGCGCAUCCGACAAGUGUUUUCGCCCCCGCCAUAACCUCCGACGCAGCUGGCCGAUUGUCCCCUGCCGACGACAACCGCGCGGAACAGCUGGCAUGCCGAUUGUACGGUAGCCGGCCCGUCAGGAUGCUACGUUCUGACGGCGCGCCCGACGGUGUACUCCUGAAAAGAUGCUGCCCGCCCGCCGCAGGUCUCUGGUGAAGCUGUCACUUUGCGCGCUGUACAUAGUCGGCAUUCUGAUCGUCGCCAGGCAGAUCUUUCGCGCCAAUGACAGCCCCAGGGCCUACAGAGAGCGGCCGCCGAGCCCGAGGGACGGCAACAGCUCGCCGCGGCAGAAGGACGUGGACGUCGCGUUACGGAGAUUACAGGUGGAGAGGUACGAGCAGCAGAUAUCCAAGUUUGAGCGCGACGUUGUACUCGGGCUCGGGGACGAUGGAGAGGCCGCUUAUCUGUACGGAAGGGACAAGGUUCUAGGCGAGGCGGCACUCGCGAAGAAAGCGUUGAACGUUGUCCUCUCGAAUAAGAUAUCGUUGACCAGAAAAUUACCAGAUGUACGCAACCCGCUGUGCGCAAAUGUUACGUACGACAGAUUUUUACCGAGCGCUAGUAUAAUAAUUAUUUUUUAUAACGAACCCUGGAGCGUUCUGUUACGCACGGUGCACAGUGUCUUGAAGGGUUCUCCGCCAAGUCUGUUAAAAGAGAUUAUCUUAGUAGACGAUCACAGCGAGGAAGACGAACUUCAGGGACAAUUAGAUUAUUAUCUCUCGACGCGUUUACCUACCAAAGUAAAGCUAAUGAGAUUACCAUAUAGACAAGGAUUGAUACGUGCUCGUCUGCACGGGGCUAGAAAUGCUCUAGGUGAUGUUCUCGUCUUCCUGGACGCACAUUGUGAAGUUAUUAAAGACUGGUUGCAACCUCUGCUACAGCGAAUAAAGGAUAAUAAAAGUGCUGUACUAAUGCCAAUAAUCGAUAACAUUUCCGAGGAGACACUAGAAUACUUCCACGAUAACGAAGCGUUUUUCUUUCAAGUUGGUGGUUUUACAUGGUCGGGGCAUUUCACGUGGAUAAAUAUUCAGAAACACGAGAUUGAGUCGCGUCCGUCUCCUAUAUCACCAACUAGGUCUCCUACCAUGGCAGGCGGUCUAUUUGCUAUUGAUAAAAGAUAUUUUUGGGAACUCGGUAGCUAUGAUGACAAGAUGGAUGGUUGGGGAGGUGAAAACUUGGAGAUAUCCUUCCGAAUUUGGCAAUGCGGCGGCACGUUGGAGAUCAUUCCUUGCUCUCGCGUUGGCCACAUAUUCCGGAACUUUCAUCCGUACAAAUUUCCAAACGAUAAAGAUACUCACGGGAUAAAUACUGCUCGUUUAGCAUUUGUAUGGAUGGACGAAUACAAAAGAUUAUUUCUACUUCAUCGCAGCGAAUUCAAGAACAAUUCGAAGCUCAUCGGUGACAUAAGCAAACGUUUGGAGUUGAGACGAAAGCUCAGAUGUAAAAGUUUCAAAUGGUAUCUCAACAACAUUUACCCGGAAAAAUUCAUCCCCGAUGAAAAUGCGAUAGCUUACGGCCGUAUCAGAUUGCGCAAUAGACGACUAUGUUUAGAUAAUCUGCAACAUGAGGAGGACAAACCGUACAAUUUAGGUUUAUAUAAUUGUCACACCAAAUUGUAUCCGAGUCAGUUCUUUUCAUUGAGCAAGUCUGGUGAGUUACGGAGAGAAGAAACGUGUGGGAGAAUAUUGGACGUCGAUUCAAAACCAUACGCGCAAAUUCAAAUGUCUGACUGCAACAGCGAAAAGGGUGGAAAGGAAUGGGUGUUGACGAAGGACGGUAGGAUAAUACACGUCGAAACUGGCCUCUGCCUCGACGGUACUAAACUGCAUAACGACGAGAACGUACAAGCGACUCGCUGUACUAAUGUACCAGAUCAAUUCUGGAAAUUUGACUUCUACUCUAAUAAAAUGCUAUCUGCAUAGCAUAUCGUGCAUUCGUCAAUUGGACGUGUACUCUGUUGGUUGUAUAUUGAGAAAUAAAGUUUUUUAUCCUUUUUGCAAAAACAUUCGAAUUGUUAGCAAAGAGGUAGUUGUUAU